UGAAUUCAUUACCGAAGAAAUCCUCCUCGUCCUCCGGUCUUUUGCGUGUCUCCGCAGAGUGCGGGGUGGUAUGGCGUCCAGCGUGUUGAGAUACACCUGCAGGGUCCUUCCAGUAAGAGCCCGGAUGUUGUCCUUCGUGCCCCAGGUGUCUCCAGGGGUCCGUCAUAAGACCACCGUACAGUACGCCACGCGGCCCGACCUGCCCAGGCUGGCGUACAGGAAGCUGAAGGGGAAGGGUCCGGGCGUGGUCUUCCUGCCCGGCUACGCCUCCAACAUGGGGGGGCUGAAAGCAGAAGCCCUGGAGGAGUUCUGCAGAUCUCUGGGACACUCUUACCUCAGGUUUGAUUAUACAGGCUGUGGAGCGUCUGAAGGUCAGAUGGCAGAUUAUAAUCUCGGCACCUGGAAGAAGGACGUGCUGUAUGUGCUGGACGAGCUGGUGGACGGACCUCAGAUUUUGGUGGGCUCCAGUAUGGGGGGCUGGUUGAUGCUGCUGGCGGCUCUAGCGAGGCCGGAGAAGAUCGCCGCCCUGGUGGGAAUCGCUACAGCUGCUGAUCACUUCGUCACGGCCUUUAACUCCCUGCCUAUAGAGACCAAAAAGGAGAUUGAGGAGAAAGGCUCGUGGUCGUUUCCGACGCGGCACAACGAGGAAGGCUCGUACACCAUGAGCCUGGACUUCCUGAAGGAAGCGGAGAACCACUGCGUCCUGCAGAGCCCCAUCCCCGUGUCCUGUCCUGUGCGUCUCCUCCACGGCAUGAAGGACGGGGACGUCCCCUGGCACGUCUCCAUGCAGGUGGCCGAGCGGGUGCUGAGCAAGGACGUGGAUGUCAUCCUCCGCAAGCACGCCCAGCACCGCAUGUCCGAGAAGGACGACAUCAAGCUGAUGGUGUACACCAUCGACGACCUCAUAGACAAGCUGACCACGCUGGUAUAAAGUGGGCGGGGCCUGCGAGGGGCUGGGCUGAGGUUCGAGGGAAGGGAUUGGGUUGGCGGAAGGUAUAAAGCUCUAAAGGUGCGUUCUGAAGCCAUGUAGCUGAUUUUUUAACGUCUGAAGGACGGACGCUUGCUUGUUCGUAGCUGUUCUAGGUUUUGAGACGACACUGAGAAGAGUAGAGAACACAAUAAUGACACGAUGAAAAUCUAAAAAAAUAUAUAUAUAUAUAGAAUAUCAUUGAUAAAUUGCCUUAUUAAUUCAGUUUAAAAUGUAAGUUUGAAACUCCUAUUUUAUAGAGAUAUUAUAUAGAUGUAUUAUAUGGAUGAUUAUGAAGCUUACAGCCAAUGAAAACCCAAAAAUCAGUGUCUCAUAAAAUUAGAAUAUUAUUUAAGUCCAUAUUUUUCUUUUGGCAUUGUGGGAAGUGUGCCAAUUCCUGCUGAAAAAUGAAAUCUGCGUCUCCAAGUUUGGACUGUGUGUCUCCACUCUUCCUCCAGACUCUGGUUCCUUGAUUUUCUUUAAAUGAAAUGUAAAAUUUACUGAUGAUCAGUGAUGGUUUAAUAAAGAGUCAUGUCUGUCAUCUGCUGGUGUUGAUCCACUGUGUUUUAUAUCAAGUCCAAAGUCAGUGCGGAUUUCAUUUUCCAGCAGGAUUUGGCACACUGCCCACACUGUACCAAAAGUACCAAUUGGUAUUUUUAUAUAACAUUCAAAUUUUUUGAGACACUGAUUUUUGGGUUUUUCAUUGAAGCUUCAUAAUCAUCAGAAUCCUCAACAAUAAACGUCUAUCACAAUAUAUAAGUUUCACAUUUUCAACUGAAUUAAACUGAAAUUAAGUCACUUUUCAAUUAAUUUCAAUGAUAUUCUAAUAUACUGUAACACACAGCUCAGGCUAAGUAGGCAAAACCUUCGUCUCACACUCACUUAACACUUACACACUUACGUUUAAAUGAAAGGAACUCAUUCUCCAUGCCUUCCAUCGUUCAUGCCUACAGUUCUUCUACAUUUUGUUCCAUCUUGUUGUUGUGAGGAUAGAUAGCAUCAGCCUUUGAUUUUGUUUCUGUACAUUUUUGUACAUCUUUUAGCAAUUGUGUCACGUUUUUCAAUGCAGGGACUUGGUUUGUUGGUGAAUACUGUGUUUGAAGGUGCUAUGCUACAUGCUACAAUGCCUACAAUUGGUUGAGAGCGUAGGCAACAAGCAAGCGAAACCACAUAAAGUUUCGCUUCAUAUAUGAUAAAUUAGUGAAGGCACGUUCGGCUUCGUUUACGCUCGUAAAUUUCGUAGAGGCCGUCAUUGAAAAGUCAGUUCUUAAAGCAGGAAAAUUGGGCCAAUUGUAAGAAUCUGAGACAGUUUAACAAGACUUAAACUUUGAUGUUCUAGACAAUGACUGGGUCACAACAUCUACAGAACGUCAGGCAGUGACCAGGACCUACCAACAGUAUUGCUCCAAGGAAGGGCAACCGAAGAUCGGAUUCGUUUUUUUUGCAAAAGGAUCAUAAGUACCCAAAGCUCAUUGAUGCCAAUCCAUGAAGGUAACACCUCCUGAGGUCUUGUAGAGUCCACAGCCUUGAAUGGUCCAAACUGGUCUUGCAGCACAAUGGGAACCAUCUCAAUAUUAGGCAUUGGAUGAUUGGUGUAUGUAUGUAUGACCAAUGCAUGUUAAGAAGCACUUGUUCACGCCAUACAUUGGACUAUGUUAACACAAUUUUUUUGGUCUAUUUAGCCAAUGCACUUGCGUAUUCACCAGGAUGUCUUUAAAAAGGAUGUCUUUAAAACUGUGAAAGGAACUUUUUUGUCUUGUCUUGAACUUUCAAAACCUCUACCUUGGUGAGUUUGAGUCUACGAUUGAGUCUCUUUUUGGUUCUGGAAGGUCUUUGGCUCAAUCCCAUUUCACCCAUUGGCGCUACCACUGAGCCCUUUGUAGAGUGUCCCGAUUCUUGUUAGUUGGGGUAGGUUAGAGGAAGUGUUUGGGGCCUACAUAGUCCUUCAAAUGGAGAUUCUUCAGAGAAACACUCUAAACAGAGGGCAAUAAGAAUCAGUGGCAAGAUGGUGCAACACAAUCAACCAAAGAAACCCACAAAUUCGAGAAUUUUCUUUGUUAAAAAUGACGAUAACCUACUAUAUUAGCAUCGAUUAUUGUGUAGUUUCAAUGUUUUAUGGUCAUCUUCAUCAAAACAAACAUAAAACAAACAAAAUCACCAGUAGUUCAUCUCUAUAGCUAGCUAGCUUAUUUUCCCUGAGGCUGCUGAAUUUAAGGUGGAAUGGAAACAUAAAAGAGAAUAAAAGUAAAAGUCUAAAACAACUGGUAGGGAUACAAAAGAGAAAUGGGAUUGGGCCUUUCUCUGGGUUUUAGGUGCUCUUAGGAGUUGAAGAUUAGCAUUUUUUAGUUCACCACUAAAACUUAGAGAUUGAAAGUACAAAGAUUGGGGUUCUCCAAUGGUUCCCAACAGUUGUUUUAGGAUUAUUUACCCUGCUUCUACAACUUUGAAAGUGGUGUAUUUGAUCAGGAAACCUCUAAAAUAUACAGGGCAGUAGGUCCUCCAGUGGUUGCCAACAGUAGACCCCUUAUCUCGCCCAUUUUAGUGGCUUCCCUGCUCCAAACUUGCCUAAUUCUCACUGAUUUGGUCCUUCAAAUUGAGACUUUUUAGAGUAACAAUCCAAACAGGGGACUAUGAGAAUCAGUGGCAAAAUGGUGCAACACAAUCAACCAAAGAAACCCACAAAUUUGAUUUUUUUCUUUGUUAAAAAUUAUGAUAACCUACUAUAUUACCAUGGUUUAUUGUGUAGUUUCAAUGUUUUAUGGUCAUCUUCAUCAAAACAAGCAUAAAACAAACAAAAUCACCAGUAGUUCAUCUCUAGAGCUAGCUAUCUUAUUUCCCAUUCCACCUUAAAUGGUGCAAUUUAGGCUGCUGCAUUUAAGGUGGAAUGGAAAAAAAUUAAACUCUUUCUCUGGGUUUUAGGUGUUUUUAGGAGUUGAAGGUGAGUAAUUUUUUUAUUAGUUCACCACUAAAACAUAUACAGAGAUUGAGGUUCUCCAAUGGUUCCCAACAGUUGUUUUAGAUAGAUAGAUAGAUAGAUAGAUACUUUAUUGAUCCCGAAGGAAAUUUAGCAAAUUUUAUAAAUUUUAGUGUUUACCCUGCUUCUACAUCUUUAAAAGUGGCGCAUUUGAUCAAGAAACGUUUAAAAAAAGUACAAGGUACAACAGUAGACCCCUUACCUCACCAAUUUUAUUGGUUUCCCUGCUCCAAACUUGCCUAAUUCGAGAAUGUUCUUUGUUAAAAAUGUUAAUAAUCUACUAUUUUAUCAUAGUUUAUUGUGUAGUUUCAAUGUUUUAUGGUCAACUUCUUCAUAACAAGAAUAAAACAAACAAAAUCGCUAGUGUUUCAUCUUCGUAGCUAGCUAGCUAACUUUUCCUAUCCCAUCUUAAAUGGUGCAAGAGGCUGCAGGAUUUAAGGUGGAUUGGAAAAAUAAAAGGGAAUAAAAGUAACUCUGUUUCAAUGGUAAGGGUUUAACUCAAAAACAAGGGGUAGGGGUACCAUUCUUUGGUACUGGAGGACCCCUUACCUUGCUCAUUUUAGUGGCUUCCCUGCUUCAAACUUGCCUAAUUCUCUCUAAUUCUUGUCCUGGAUCAUGUUUUGCUGGAAGUUACAGGAACAUUUAAGGUAAUCGAUUGGCCAAACCUGCCAAGAAAUACAAAAUCCAAGACUAAAAACUGGAUUUAAGGUCCAUAUUUGAAGAUCUCUUAAAACUAAAACGUUCUUGUAGAUGCAUGUGCUUUUGAAUCUAGUGGUCUUUGGUCCUGCUCCUGGAGACCUGCCUCCUAAUUCCUAAUCCUAAUCCUAAUUCAGAUGGAUAACUUUGCCUCAACUCUAAAAAACCAAUGGACUAGCACUUCUAAACAGUUUUAAUGGUUUUAAUUGCUGUUUUUGUCUGUUCCCAUUCCUUCAGUUUACCAUUUUUGGCAUGUAGCAAGGUUUCACACUCGUUUUACAGGUUCUUCUCUCAGAAAAUGCUGUUUAUUCCCACACUUUCCUCUCCCUUUGCCUUCCAGGGACUCACAGACUUCAGGAUCUCUCCUGGGCUUGGGUUAAUUGGUAGCACCAAUGCUCACCAUGUCUACUUUGGGUAUUCUUUAUUUUUUAUUAAGUCGAAAUCUAAGUUUAGGCUAAAUCUGGGUCUGGGAAAAAAGUGGUCCAUAGUGUUUUUAGUAUUGUAAUGUAUAUUGUUUUAAAAUUAUGUGCAUAUGUAUAUCUUCUAUACCCCUUGUACAUAAAAUAUAAAGAUUUUCUUUGGUAAUAAAAGUUAAAAUAUGGUAGAAACA